CGGAUCCGGGGCGGGGCCGCGCGCCGUGACCUGGAAACUGCGGGCCGGACCUCACUCCUUUCAGGUCGGGCCCGCGGGGAAGAUGGCAGCGGUGCAGGCGGAGGCCGCCAAAGUGGACGGCGGCGAACCCAAGCUGAGCAAAAAGUGGUGGUAAUUAGCUCCAGGGUGUUCUGCCAUGUUGACGCAAGCGGCUGUCAGGCUUGUUAGGGGGUCCCUGCGCCAACCCUCCUGGGCACAGUGGGGGCAGAGGGAGCUGCGACUGUGUCAACUUGCUCCUUUCACAGCGAGUCACAAGGACAAGCCACUUUCUGAUAAAAGAAGUGAGCUGAAGCGACGCUUAAAAGCUGAGAAGAAAGUAGCGGAGAAGGAGGCCAAGCAGAAGGAGCUCAGUGAGAAACAGCUGGGCCAGGCUGCCGCCACCAACCACACCGCUGACAAUGGUGUGGGUGCUGAGGAGGAGAGCCUGGACCCCAACCAAUACUACAAGAUCCGCAGUCAAGCAGUCCACCAGCUGAAGGUCAGUGGGGAAGACCCUUACCCACACAAGUUCCAUGUAGAUGUCUCGCUCACUCACUUCAUCCAGGAAUACAGUCACCUGCAGCCUGGAGACCACCUGACAGACAUCACCUUGAGGGUGGCAGGUAGAAUCCAUGCCAAAAGAGCUUCCGGGGGAAAGCUCAUCUUCUAUGAUCUUCGAGGAGAGGGUGUGAAAUUGCAAGUCAUGGCCAAUUCCAGGAAUUAUAAAUCAGAAGAAGAAUUUGUUCGUAUCAAUAACAAGCUUCGUCGGGGUGACAUAAUUGGAGUUCAGGGGAAUCCUGGGAAAACCAAGAAGGGUGAGCUGAGCAUCAUCCCCUACGAAAUCACUCUGCUGUCGCCUUGCUUGCAUAUGUUGCCGCAUCUUCACUUUGGCCUCAAAGACAAGGAAACCCGGUAUCGACAGAGGUACUUGGAUCUGAUCCUGAAUGACUUCGUGAGGCAGAAGUUUAUCAUCCGCUCCAAGAUCAUCACGUAUAUAAGAAGUUUCUUGGAUGAGUUGGGAUUCCUAGAGAUCGAAACACCCAUGAUGAACAUCAUCCCAGGAGGAGCUGUCGCCAAGCCUUUUAUCACCUACCACAAUGAACUGGACAUGAAUCUGUAUAUGAGAAUUGCUCCAGAACUCUACCACAAGAUGCUGGUGGUAGGUGGCAUCGACCGGGUUUAUGAGAUCGGACGUCAGUUCCGGAAUGAAGGCAUUGACUUGACACACAAUCCCGAGUUCACCACGUGUGAGUUCUACAUGGCCUACGCAGACUACCACGACCUCAUGGAGAUCACGGAGAAGAUGGUUUCAGGGAUGGUAAAGCACAUAACGGGCAGUUACAAGGUCAUCUACCAUCCGGACGGCCCCGAAGGCCAAGCCUGUGAGAUAGACUUCACCCCACCCUUCCGGAGAAUCAGCAUGGUCGAAGAGCUGGAGAAGGCCUUGGGCGUGAAGCUCCCAGAAACGAAACUGUUUGACACUGAAGAGACUCGGAAGAUCCUGGAUGACAUCUGUGUGGCCAAAGAAGUGGAGUGCCCACCGCCUCGUACCACAGCCAGACUCCUAGAUAAGCUGGUUGGGGAGUUCCUGGAAGUGACCUGCAUCAACCCGACAUUCAUCUGUGACCACCCGCAGAUAAUGAGCCCGUUGGCAAAGUGGCAUCGUUCCAAAGAGGGCCUGACGGAGCGCUUUGAGCUGUUCGUCAUGAAGAAGGAAAUAUGCAACGCCUACACCGAGCUCAACGACCCCGUGCGGCAGCGGCAGCUCUUUGAGGAACAAGCCAAGGCCAAGGCUGCUGGUGACGACGAGGCCAUGUUCAUAGACGAGAACUUCUGCACCGCGCUGGAGUACGGGCUGCCGCCCACGGCCGGCUGGGGCAUGGGCAUCGACCGCGUCACCAUGUUUCUCACCGACUCCAACAACAUCAAGGAAGUACUUCUGUUUCCUGCCAUGAAACCAGAAGACAAGAAGGAAAACGCAGCCUCUGACGCAGUGGAAAACACAGCAGCUGGCACUUCUGUCUAGAAAAUAAAAACUACAGGUUCUUUAA